CCUCCGAAUUCCGAUCCUGUUGCGCAGUAUGAUCUUCGCUAUUGACAUAUGAUUACACCAUAAACUAUUCUUGCAAAGGAUGCUGCCUCAUGACCCAGUCUCCUCAAGCCCACCGUCACCACCGCCUCUCCAUGAGCGGCCGCCCGGUGCUCGGAUCACACGUGCCUGUGAGCGCUGCCGCUCCCGAAAAGUCCGCUGCGAUGGCCAGACUCCUUGCGCCGGCUGUCGACCGCGAAAUCUCCCCUGUAUCUACCGAUCCGCCACAAGACCGAGGAGGCAAGGAAAAAGAAGGUUGCUGGAUAGUCGAUCCGCUAUCUCGUCGGAAAAUGAUCCUCAAACCCGUUUGAUUGUGCCCACCUCCCCCUCCGUCUCCGCUUCCGCCUCCUCCGCUGCUGCCUCCCGACCCAACACCAUCGAUACCACUCCCCAGCGAGUCCCCAAUGAUCCCGUUCAGUUCAAACGACACCGCGAACUACGCGCUGGAAUUGGUGUCUCCAAUGUCGAUACCGGUUCUUUCCAAUUCUACGGCCCCUCUUCGCAUUUCUGCUUCAUCCAGCGUAUGUGCCAGCGCAUCGCGCGGUCCACAAAUGAAACCAUCGUUACCCCGAACAACGCGGUGCCGGAUGGCGUCCGGAAAUGGAACCUGGAGCGCUUUAUGUUCUGUGUCAACGGGUGUCAAGGCACAACCGGACCGUAUGCUGCCUACAUCUCGCAGGAGGUAGGAAUUGGCCUGAUUGAUUCGUACUUCGAGAUUCUCCACCCGCAGAUCCCCGUGCUGAACUACUCCGAGAUCGUCGACCAAUGGAAAUCUUUGUGGAAGCCCCCAAAGCAACAAAAGCUCGACAAGCGUAACGAGAUUCUUUUCAUUGUUCUGGCUAUCGGCGCCCGCGUUACCAUCGCGGCAGGCCAACAGGAGACCUCGUUGCUAGAAGGAUGGGCAGACCAUUUCGCCGCGCAGGCAAAUCCGAGCACCACCGUCUUGGAGGACCCCAGUCUAUCCACCACGCAAUUGCUGCUUCUGAAAGCAAUGUAUGCCUACCAGGUUAUGCGGCCGAAUGAUGCCUAUUUGUACCUCGGCCACGCCGCUCGGAAUGCCAUGGUGCUGGGAUUCAAUCGAUCCCAGGUCAUGGACGGGACCAAUGUGACUGUCCAUGCGCUUAAACGCACCUUCUGGACUGUCUACGCCCACGAACGCAUGAACGCUCUCUACGCCGGCCGUCCAUCUGCUUUUCGUGACGAGAUUAUUGAUGCUCCAUAUCCUGAAGACCUCCCCUUACCCACCACGAUGAACACAUCGACAGACAACAGUGACAACCACCACGGCCCAACUCGGCUUUGCGGCUUUCUACGCGCCAUGGCCGGCGUCGCCCGCGUUGCUGACCUGGCAUUCGUCAAAAUCUACUCCCCUGCCAGCGUCGCCAGCAUGGCGCAAAUCGCACUGUUGCCGGCAGCGGUAUCCGAGAUCGACGGACUGCUAGGCGCUGUAACGCGCGACCUGCCCCUGUACCUCCAGUUCUUCGACGCAGCCUUACCAAUCGGCUCAGGCUGGCAGGAAGUCCAACGCCUGACGCUGGGCAGUAAUUAUUAUCAGACGCAAAUGUUGACGCAUCGUCCGGCCUUGCUCUUCAGGGCCUUCUUCGCCUCGCUCGACGAGGCUCAGCGGCGUACAGGCCACACUUUGGAGCUGGAGCACUCGAUUCAGGAGACCUUGACCGCCGCAACGAACAUCAUCAACUUGACUCAUGACGUCUAUUUCCGGCGGUGCCCCCGCGCACGCUUCGACGGGUCUUCGGCUACUAUCAUGGUCGCUGCCGCUGUCACCCUACUGUAUGAUGUGCUGGAUCCGACGACGGGCGCGGAGCACGCGCGCGAGGUAUUCGCUACAGUGGAGCGGGCCGUGGAGUGCCUGGAUCAGAUCGAGCAUGUUGGUCCCACCUCGGGCAAAGCCGUGAGUUUGGAUGUGAUGCGCAUCGCGAAGGAGGCGUUGCGAAUGACGACGACGGAUGUCGAGGUCAACCAGGAUUUCAUUGGGACGUUUCCGUGGUUACAGUACAAUCUGCUAGUUCCACCGAACAGCGCUGCCCUGCCGUAUGAGGCGCCACACCCCGAUCUUAGACCAGUACCUGUCUCCACCCAGGGCCAAGGCCACUUAUCCUCCGCCCCGGACACCGCACCGCCGCAGGACCCUGCGCUGCACGUUCCGGCCACGAUGCCAAAUUACAUGUCCUACUGGCUGGAAGCGGGCUUCUCCCCGGAGAACAUUCCAAGCUCCUUGUUCUAGUCGUCUCGAGUUUGAUGUGUUAGGCAGAUACGGUAGAAAGAGUAGAACACCGUUGAGUACACGGUACUCCAUCGCUGAGCUGGAGGGACCUGUCAACCAACUGCCUGCAGAUUCUUUUGCUUCUUGACAACACCUAGGCACCUCGCUUAUGUAUAUACUGCGAGAAAGAGUAAAGAUAUGCGUCCAUCUUGGAUAAACUGGCAUUGUCUCGAGCCUAGUGACGAGCAUUCCUCCAUCUGUGCGUAUGAUUUUGAUAUACCGCUGAGAGAC